GCUGUGGAGAAUCUGCCCGCGCGGGCCUUGCAGCGAGGCGGCGGGGCGGGGUUGUGAGCGGCCUCCGGCUGUCCCGCAGGGAGGAGCCACCAGGCGCUGGGAGCGCUCCGAAGCAGCGCGCGCGGACUGCUGAGAUAAAAGAAUGGCAAACUUCUUUGCAUCGAAGAACUUCACUACACUUUCAGAUCUGCAUCCAAAUAUGGCUAAUCUGAAAAUAAUCGGCAUAGUUAUUGGGAAAACAGAUGUCAAAGGCUUUCCAGACAGAAAAAAUAUUGGGUCAGAAAGGUACACUUUCAGUUUCACCAUUCGUGAUUCACCAACCCAUUUUGUAAAUGCAACAUCCUGGGGCAAGGAAGAUUACAUCAGAUCACUUUCUGACAGCUUUAGGGUUGGCGAGUGUGUGAUAAUUGAAAAUCCCCUGAUCCAACGAAAGGAAUUAGAAAGAGAAGAAAAAUUCAGCCCUGCAACUCCUAGUGACUGUAAACUGCUGCUCAGUGAAGAUCACUCAACAGUAAAAGUUUGUUCCAGUUAUGAAGUGGACACCAAGUUACUUUCUUUGAUACGCUUACCUGUUAAAGAGUCUCGGGAUUAUUAUUCAUUGGGUGACAUUGUUGCAAAUGGACACAGUCUUGAUGGAAGAAUUAUUAAUGUGCUUGCAGCUGUGAGGUCGGUUGGAGAGCCAAAAUACUUUACAACUUCAGACCGAAGAAAAGGCCAGAGGUGUGAAGUUAAACUCUAUGAUGAGAUGGAGUCUUCUUUUGCAAUGAUAUGUUGGGAUAACGAAUCCAUUCUACUUGCACAGAGAUGGAUGCCACGAGAAACAGUAAUAUUUGCCUCAGAUGUAAGAAUAAAUUUUGACAAAUUUCGAAACUGCAUGACAGCAACUGUAAUCUCAAAAACCAUUAUUACAACUAAUCCAGAGACACCAGAAGCUAACAUCUUAUUGAAUUUUAUAAGAGAAAAUAAAGAAACAAGUCCUCUGGAUGAUGCAAUUGACAGUUAUUUGAAAGAAUCUAUAAAUUUAAAUACAGUAGUUGAUGUCUAUACAGUUGAACAAGUAAAGGUAAAAGCUUUGAAGAAUGAAGGGAAAGCUGAUCCUUUUUAUGGCAUUCUUUAUGCUUACAUUUCUACACUGAACAUUGAUGAUGACACUACAAAAGUAGUUCGAAAUAGAUGUUCUGGCUGUGGUUACAUUGUAAAUGAAGCAUCCAGCAUUUGUACAACUUGCAACAGAGAUUCUUCGAAGUUUAAAUCUGUUUUUCUCAGCUUCGAUAUGCUAAUUGAUGUUACGGAUCACACAGGUACCCUCCAUUCCUGUAAUCUCACAGGAAGUGUUGCUGAGGAGACUUUGGGCUGCACGGUAAAUGAGUUUCUGGCAAUGACGGAUGAACAGAAAACGGCAUUAAAGUGGCAGUUUCUUUUGGAAAGAAGCAAAAUUUAUUUAAAAUUUUUUUUAUCAGACAGAGCAAGGGGUGGAUUGAGGAUGAGUGUGCUCUCAUGUAAGCUUGCAGAUCCUGUUGAGGCAAGUAGGAACUUGUCUGGACAAGGAAAUAUUUAAACCAGAUAUCACUGUAAACUCUGGAAAAGAAUAUGAGUUUUAACUUCCCUUAAAGUGAGAAAUGAAUUUGAAAAUUAUGGAUGAAAUUGUAUUUUAUCCAAAUGUGGUAAAAAUGUUUCUAUAAGUUGUUAUGUUUCCUCCUGGAGUUGGUUUGGGGCUACAUCUCAAAUAUCUAUCUCACCUGAGCUCAAUUCUUAGACCAUUUCUACCGCCUUUGCCCUCUCUCUUCCCAAGUUGGAAAAUGUUUGCAUGAAUAAUAAACAAAUUUAAUCUUUCUCACA